AUGAACCAUGGACCCGGAAAAUCGACUGCCCUCAAGUGUACUGCACUCGGUUCAACAAUUCCUGAAGGCACUUGUCUUACGCGGCAACUGAAAAGAAAGCAAGAGUUGUACGAACACAGCAAACAGAGGAAAAGAUCUAAGACCUAUCGUACCAGGAGACAAGUCCUUGUGAGAGAAAAAUUCGAUCUAUAUUUCCAGAGAGGAACCGUGACUCAAACAGGGUAUCCGAAGGGCAUGAGUGAUCCCCCCUUACCACAGUGUAGCCCAAGGACAAGUAAUGAACAUUCCUACAGCUUUAAGCUUUCCCACGGACAAAGUCGCACUGUUAACCUCCCAUCUCAUUGGUCCGGAAGGUUCUGGGGACGUACCGGAUGUAGUGUAUCUCGCUGUGAGACCGGUGAUUGUGGUGGAGGUCGACUUCAUUGUAGCGGAGCUGGGGGAGUCCCCCCGGUCACUCUCGCCGAAAUCAUCUUUGACGGUGCCGGAAACCAAGACUUUUACAACAUCAGUCUGGUUGACGGUUUUAAUCUUCCAUUGAGCAUGCGCCCAAGAGGCGGAACAACAGAGGUACCUUCAGGGGCAUAUUAUUGCAAGCCUGCUGGUUGCUACACAGAUAUUAACAACAUCUGUCCGAGUGGUAUGAAGCUUUACGGAUCUGGCGGAGUUGUAGCUUGCAAAAGCGCCUGUUUAGCGUUUGGAAGAUCAGAGUACUGCUGCAGCGGAUCUCACAACACACCACAGACAUGCCCAAAUUUCUCCUACGCUCAAACCUUUAAGAGUGCUUGCCCGCAAGCCUACAGUUACGCCUAUGAUGACCAAGAGAGGACUUUCACCUGCCGUGGCGCCGGGGGUAGACAGUCUGAAUACGAUAUUACUUUCUGCGGAUAG